AUGCCAUCCAACUCAAGCCAGGCUCCCACCACUACCACGGGGGGUACCAAACAAACCAACAUAGAUGUGUCCAUGCUAGCCUGCUACAUCCAUGACACUUCGUCACUCCAGGAUCGCCUUCUCAUAAGGGCUAUGGCUGAGGAUAGCCAGUCAUCUCAAAAGGGAGCUGGCUAUUCAGGGCCAAAGGAUUCCAAGCUAUAA